AUGGAAGAUUUGAAUAUUAAAACAGCAAGCAUAUCGCAAGGUAAAAGUGGAAUAAACGAUCUUGGAUGGAUUAAAAUUAAAAAUAUCAUUAGACAGGUAUUCGCCGGAACACAAAUUAUCAUAACGAUCUGCAAAGACAAAAUUAUCAUUCCACCUCCAGAUAUCAGACUCAGAAUAAUACAAGAAAAUCACGAAUCUCCGAUCGCAGGACAUAAAGGUAUCACGAAAACGUAUAACAGAAUUCGACAGAAAUAUUUUUGGGAUAAUAUGAAAAAGCAAAUAGAAGAUUUUAUAAAGAAAUGUGUCAGCUGUCAAAAGAAAAAACUAACGCGCAUUAAAACCAAACAACCUAUGGUUAUAACAGACACAUCUGCAGACGUAUUCGACAAAGUAGCGCUAGAUAUAGUCGGACCCUUCGAAACAUCCGCAAACGGUUACAAGUAUGUAUUGACCAUGCAAGACAAUCUUUCAAAAUUCAGUUUAGCAAUACCGUUAGUACAUGCAACUGCUGAAGAUAUUGCAGAUGCAUUUGUAAAAAACUUUAUCUGUAAAUACGGAUGUCCCAAAACAAUAUUAACAGAUCAAGGAGCAGCAUUCAUUGGUCAAGUAAUGAGACGAGUCGCAAAAGCAUUCAAAAUCACACAAUUCAAGACUACAGCAUUCCAUCCUCAAUCAAAUGGUUCUUUAGAAAGAAGCCAUCAAGUACUUGUAGAUUACCUAAAACAUUAUUUAACGAAGAGAGACUGGGACGAAUGGUUGCCUCACGCGACAUUUUCUUACAAUACAAGCAGACACGAAGGGACAAACCACACCCCAUUCGAAAUAGUUUACGGACGGAACGCUCGCAUGCCUUCAGAAUUCCCACCCCUCGACGAAACUCUGACCUAUGACGACUACGUAAAGAACCUAAUGCUUAAAACUAUAGAAAUCCGAAAUACAGCACGCGAAAAUUUAGAAAAAGCUAAAGCCAGAUCGAAACAAUAUUACGACAGAAGAAUAAAUCCAGUUGAUUUCAAAAUAGGACAAAGCAUUUAUUUAGUGAAAAAUCAAAAGACAGGAAAGUUAGAUGACAAUUACAAGGGACCGUACAAAAUCACAGAAGUAUUUCCAGAAAAGAAUGAUAUAGAAAUAGAAUUAGAGAAAAACAAACAUGCAUCCAAAAAAGGAGUAGCAGCAAUUUUAAAACAACCUCAAAAAGACAAUUCUAUAAAACCAGUCUUUUUUUUUUCAAAAAAACUAACAAAACCGCAAGAAAACAAACGCGCUAUAUUCUUGGAAGUCCUGGCGAUAAAAGAGUGUAUUUUAUAUUGGCAAUAUAAACUUAUAGGAAAUAAAUUCACGAUCUUCACAGACCACAAACCGCUUGAAAACUUUAAUGUAAAAAAGAGUAAAGAUCCUGAACUAUUAGCAUUAUUAAACUACAUCUCAAACUUUGAUUUUGAAAUCAAGUAUAACCCAGGCAAAAAUAAUGCAGAAGCAGAUAGCUUUUCUCGAAACCCAGUACUAGAUGAAAACACAAGCAGUGAAACGGCUAUAAAAAUAGUAAAUUUUUUAUCGAUGGAAGAACUGAGGAACGACCAAAAACAAUUACAUAUAAAAAAAGAGGAUAAAACAGUAAAAAAAAAUAACAUUUGUUAUAAAAUCUUAAAUAACAAAGAAAAAAUAUGGGUGACGGAAAAGUUAGGUAUUCAAAUGAUAAAAAAUAUACACAACGAAAGUCAUAUUGGAGUAAAGCAGUUAACUCUGACUUUAACCCCAAAAUACUAUUUUAAAAACAUGCACAAACAUAUAAAACUUAUUUGUCGAGCAUGCGACACUUGCGUAAGAAAUAAAUCAAGGUUCGGAAAUUUUAUUCAACCCCUUUCACAAUUAGGUCCAGCGUUGGAGCCGUUUCAAAUAAUAUCCUUGGAUACAAUAGGAGGGUUCAGCGGAAACAAAUCACCAAAAAAAUACUUGCAUUUAAUCGUAGACCACUUCACGAAGUACGCCUUUGUAUUGACCGCAAAAACACAGACAGCAAAAGAUUUCAUAAAUCUAGUAAAAAAAGUUCAGAAAAAGGGAAAAAUAAAAGUACUUCUAACUGAUCAAUACGCGGGAAUAAACUCAAAAGAAUUUAAAAAUUAUCUAAAAGCAGAAAACAUAACAAACAUUUUCACCGCGGUAGACUGCCCCUUUUCAAACGGGCAAAAUGAACGGACAAAUCAAACAUUAGUUAAUGCGAUUAGGUGUAAAAUAUUUGAAAAAAAAGACCGGCCGUGGUCAGUCAUAGCUGAACAGUGUGUAGAAAACUACAAUAACACAAUACACAGCACAACAAAGUUUACACCGAAUUACCUUUUAAAUGGAAUUGAUAAAUCCUAUCUCCCGUCGGAACUUAACGAAAACAACUUAGAAAAUUUAGAGAAAAACAGAAAAAUAGCAUUUUUAAAUGCAGAAAAAAUACAUAAUCAAAAUAAAGUUUACUAUGAUAAAAAUAAACGAAAAAUAACAUACGAAGUCGGUGAUCUUGUUUAUAUUCAGAACGGAAGUCGUUUAAAUAGGAAAAAACUUGAUCCGGUCAGAGUGGGCCCGUUUAGAAUAAAGAAAAAAAUCUCUGACUUACUGUAUAUUAUUGACUCGGGAUUUAAAACACCAGAGUCAAACGUUUAUCAUGCAAAUAAAAUGAUCCCCUAUUUCCAGACUCCUGACUCCUGAAACAUAAGUCUGGGAGGGGGGGGGGAGGGGGGGAUGUAAGUUUGAGACUAAUCCAAACUACAGCGCGACUAUCAGAGGUCGUCCGCUCGGCACACCUACCAAGCCAGAGACAGCGGUCGUCAUGCUGAUUAGUCGAAACUGCGUAAUUCAAACAGAAACACGCAAAAGGCUCGUAGCGCUUGGCGCUAAAGUUUAUAAUCAAACAAAGUUAAUAAUUAUAAGUACUAGUUGUUGAUUCAGUUAUUACCAGCAUCAACCGCAGUACUUUAUUGAAAACAAGAUAGCCCUUAACUACGAAAGAUAAGGGAU